UUUCCGUUCGACUGGGAACACUGGGCCUAGAUCCAUGAAGCUAGGAAAGCGUGGCUCGGACUGCCACCACUUAGAGAAGCCAACAUUAAAUGCAAUGAGUUUAUUAGGGAAUCCAGCUCCAGGACCCGUGAGCUCUUUUAGGCGAUAGGGCGGCGCUGGUGGCAGUCCCGGCCUCCCAACGCGAGGGGGCGCUGUGAGCUCCGUGUGGCAUCUUGGGCGCUGGGAGGUUACUGCGCAAGCGCAUUCAGGGCUUUUUUUUCCAUCCACACGUGUGAAACUUCCCGGCAAGGCUCUCGAGAAAAAUGCCCAAAUUGAAAGCGGCUCGUGGGGCCGGGGGUCAGGAAAAGCAUGCGCCCCUGGCCGAGCAAAUCCUGGCUAGGGACGCGGUGCGGGCAGGGGCCCGGGAAAAGCGACGGGGUCGUGGAACCGGAGAAGAGGAGGAAGAGUACGUGGGGCCCCGGCUGACCCGACGGAUUUUGCAGCAAGCGCGGCAACAGCAAGAGGAGCUCGAGGCCGAGCAUGGGACCGGGGGCAGGCCCGCGGCGCCGCGGGAGCGCACCACGCGGCUGGGAGUGCCACAGGAUGGAUCAGAUGACGAGGAGUGGCCCACUCUGGAGAAGGCUGCCACCAUGACAGGGCCAGACUACCACGCGGAGGUGGUUGUGGACCCCGAGGAUGAGCGGGCCAUUGAGAUGUUCAUGAACAAGAACCCUCCUGCCAGACGCACCCUAGCUGACAUCAUCAUGGAGAAGUUAACUGAGAAGCAGACGGAAGUCGAGAUGGUCAUGUCCGAGGUGUCAGGCUUCCCUGUGCCCCAGCUGGACCCCCGGGUCCUGGAGGUCUACAGAGGGGUCCGGGAGGUGUUGUCUAAGUACCGCAGUGGGAAACUGCCCAAGGCAUUUAAGAUCAUCCCUGCCCUCUCCAACUGGGAGCAAAUCCUCUACGUCACAGAGCCUGAGGCCUGGACCGCUGCUGCCAUGUACCAAGCCACGAGGAUUUUCGCCUCUAACCUAAAGGAACGUAUGGCCCAGCGCUUCUAUAACCUGGUCCUGCUCCCCCGGGUGCGAGAUGACAUUGCUGAGUACAAGCGACUCAACUUCCACCUCUACAUGGCACUGAAGAAGGCUCUAUUCAAGCCUGGAGCCUGGUUUAAAGGCAUCCUGAUCCCGCUGUGCGAGUCGGGCACCUGUACCCUCCGGGAAGCCAUCAUCGUGGGCAGCAUCAUCACCAAGUGCUCCAUCCCUGUGUUGCACUCCAGUGCAGCCAUGCUGAAAAUCGCAGAGAUGGAGUACAGCGGUGCCACCAGCAUCUUCCUGAGGCUGCUGCUGGAUAAGAAGUACGCGUUGCCCUACCGGGUGCUGGACGCCUUGGUCUUCCACUUCCUGGGUUUCCGGACGGAGAAGCGUGAGCUGCCCGUGCUCUGGCACCAGUGCCUCCUGACUUUGGUCCAGCGCUACAAGGCUGACCUGGCCACAGAGCAGAAGGAGGCCCUCCUGGAACUGCUUCGGCUGCAGCCCCAUCCCCUGCUGUCCCCCGAGAUCAGGCGUGAGCUUCAGAGUGCCAUCCCCCGAGAUGUAGAAGAUGUUCCCAUCACCAUGGAGUGACGGAGCAGUGCUCGUCCUGGUCUGCAGGGCAUGGGAGGACACCAGGAUCCCUGCUGCUGACUAAAGGUGACACUGAGCCUUUAUAGCCGAAGACCCAGUUCAGGGCCACGAGAGGUCACGGGCCUCUGAUUCCCCAGUUCCUGACAGGGAGAACUGAGUCUGGCCGGCUCUCUCUUCCAUUCUAGGCCUGCAUCCCUGCUCAGUUCUGGGACCUGACUUGAAACUCCACAGCCUAACAGUCCCACUUCCCAGCUGGGGGUUGGAGUGGGUACUUUCUCUCAGGCUGUUGUGUCAGUUCACUGGGAGGUAGAUAAAAACAAAAGGCAGGUAUUUAUUGAACUUCAGUGUUUUGAUGUGGUGGAUGGAGAUCUUUCUGCUUUCCCUCUUUUGUGGAGGUGGGCACUGCAUCCCUGCUCCUGUGUAGCAGUGGUUUCUUCCCCGGUUUACAUGGGAGCCGUGCCCCCCUCAGACAAGUUUGUUUCUCGAGGCUGUACCCACCCUGCCAGCCCCUAGAGGGCACAGCCUUUGCCUUCCCCUGACACAGCCUACUUUGGGAGAAUGCCAGCAACCAGGAGGUUGUUCACAAGAUGGUCUCAGCUGUGGUUGGAAGAGCUAGGAGAAAGCACCUAGAGGAAAGUGGAGAUACAGAGGCGAGAAAGGUCAAGCUCGGGGUCACCGCCAGACCAGUGCCCUAACUUUCUUAGCUAAUGAAAGCUUUAGACCAAGGGUUGGCAAACCAGGGUCACAUGCCUGUUUCCUUAUGGCCCGUGAGCUAAGAAGUUUUACAUUUUUGAAUGGCUAGGGAAAAAAUUGAAAGAAGGGUAUUUUGUGAUAGGUGAAGAUUAUAUGAAAUUCAGAUUUCAGUGUCCAUAAAUAAAGUCUUAUUAAGAUGCAGCCACACCCAUCCAUUUCCAGGUUCUCUCUGGCUGCUUUCAUGCCACAGCAGCAGAGGCGAGUACAGUCUGGCUAGAACCCUUGUUACGUGCUUUGGAGAAUGUGAAUUCGUUCCAGCCUAAUUACUGUAUUUGGGAGGAAUUUGAUCAUAAAGCAAAUUUCACAUUUAUAUGCAGUUUUGUCUUUGAGAAACACUAGGUGAAAGCAGAAAACUGUACCCGGCUGAGCUGAGCCAGAUGAUACACGGAACGCACAUACCUCAGACAUGUGCGAGCGACACCAGUUCACCUUGCGGGUUGGUACCACACCCACAUCUGGUGUUACAACCCGCCUUCCACAUCCUUCCGACCUCCACUUCCACAGCAGACUUCAGGUGUUGUUUGUUUUUCAAGAUAAAGGGCCAUGUUUAUUGCAGUAUGUGUUUUUAACCAUUUAAUGGGUAAAAGCACUAUCUUUCCUUUUUUUAAAAGACAAGUCUCCCUCAUUAAGUAUGAGUAUAGUGCCUCAAGCCCCAUUUUCCCCAUAAGCCCUGUGGUUUUUAUUGUGCAAUUUUGCAUGGUGCGGUGAUUUUUAGGAAUGCAUAGAUCACGUUAUGAAGCAAAACUGACUGUAUGUGGGGCAGAGACCAUAUGGCCCACAAAACCUAAAGUAUUUACUCUGGUCCUUUACAGAAAAGGCUUGGCGACCCCUACUUGAGACCACUGAUUUCCACCCUCUAGAUAUAGGCUUUUGCCCACACUGCCAUCCAAUCCAAGAAGCCAAAGAGAGUUUUAUUUCAGAAUCUUUAUUAAGGUAGCGUGAUGGUCCUGGGCCACCAGCCUGGACCUUGUGGCCUCGGGAAAGACCUGUGUCAACAGGGCUUGCCUCCCUCUCCAGACAGGGGGCUUGGUCACCUCCAGGUCAUUGCUACUUCAUCCCCCAGCCUUGCAGGAUGGAGCAGAGGGCCAGAGGGAGAGGAGGGCGUGGCCCCACCCCAGGCUGUAGCAGCUCCUCGGCCAUGAAGAUCCUCUAGCGGUAGGAUAGGGGAGGAAUGCAGCAACCACCAGGGUCACCACCACUCAGGGUAGAUGGGCCCCACCACACCCUCUUACAGCUGUACUCAAAGCAAUUAAUAAAUUAAAACAACCUCUUCCUUCAGCACUGCCCCUCCACCCCCCAAUCACACAGGAGAAGCUGAGCAGAAAGCAAAGCGAGGAGGUUGGUUCCUGCCCCUCAGACAGAGGCCAGGGCCCCUCCCUCUAGGAGCAGCUGAGAGCAUGGAUUAUGCAGGGGCCUCCAAGUGCAUUGAGAGGAGAUGUCCACUCUUUCUUCUCACAUGUGUCUAGAACAUGUGAGGAUUCUUCAGAAAGACCCCAAUCCAAAUGCAGUAACUAGGGAAUUCCCUGGCAGUCCAGUGGUUAGGACUCCGCGCUUUCACUGCCGAGGGCCCGGGUUCAACUUUGGCAGUUGAGAACACGAGAGCCCCAGAGAUAAGGGGGCCCCCAAAAGGAAUGCUGGCACAUGUAUUCUACAGACUUCAAUUUCAUCUCUGGCCAGCCUGGCCCGCCCCCAGCUAGGACCGGGAUGGGGGCUGAGCUGGUCAGAUGCAGGGAGGAGGAGGAGCCUGACUGGCCACCCGCCGCAGCUGGCCAGGCCCCUUAGUGCACACUGCAGGGACAGGUAGGACCCGACCCCUUCGGCUUGCGACAGGCAAGUAGGAAGGAGCCCCCUCGGGCUUCAGCUGUGGCAUGGUUCGUUCCUGCAGGCAGGGAGGGGGGUGGCAGUGUCCCCUCCUCUGCUGUCGGUGGCCACUCGAGGGGGCCUCGCCAGGGCUACAGGUGGAUGGCUGUGACAUCUGUGGGAGUGCUGGUCUGGCUGGGCCCCUGGCUGCUGGAGCCCCUGGGGGCUUUGGGCACUGGACUGGGGGAGGUCUGGGCGGCUUCCCUGAGGCUCUCCCUGAGGGCAGCUUCAAUCUGCUCCUGACAGGCCCGCAGGCAGUCCUGGGAACAAGGGGGAACGGUGAGGAAGGUCCACGUCCCUCCCCCCAUAGCAUGUGGCAGCAGGUGCUGGAGGACACCUCCCAGCACACAGGGAAGUCUGGGGAGGUUAGGCCACAGCCCAACCCCAGGAAUCAGCUUUCAAUUCUCAGAAACUGGCAAGAGGAUGUGGCAAGAGGGUGUGAGAGCAGCCCAGCAUCUGACACCAAAUCCCCCACCCCCACUCCUGCACACCGUUUGGCAAGAAAAGGGUACCCAGGGACAGUGCCCUUCAGCCCGCCCAAGACACUUGCUCUUCUGCAGACCAAGGAAGGAGAUAAAAGGCCACAGAAGCCCCAAAAGCAGGGCACUCAAAACCAGGAGUGGAGACGGGGCCGGGGGUGGGGGGGCGACAGCUCCCUCUGCUGGAGGCUCAGGGAAUAUAGCGCUGCCUCGUGAACUGAGGCCACUUGCCCAGCUGCCCAGCACUCACCACUUCAGUGCCUGUGAUCCCUGCCAGCAGCUCUGUGAGCUCAUCCCCAGAUGUGGAGCAGGCACCCAGGCCUUGCACUGCAGCUCCAAUGCUUCCCGUGGCAAUCAUGGAUGGCGGGUACAUGGCAAAGGUGUAAUCUUGGAAAGAGAGGGGACCAUGAGGCAAGGGUGGUUUCAAGGAUAACAACCAGCACGCACCUUCUAUUACCCAGAAGUGCCAGGCCGUGUGAACAGAGCAGGGGUCUUCUUGAAAACCCCAGCAGCGAGUGGUGUCAGAUAGCAGGGGAGAAAUGCAGGAAAGGGGCUCUUUACUGGAGAGGGUCGGGUCCAGGGUGGUCUGUAAGUGAUCCUGGCCAGGGACCAGGGAGUGAAUGAGUCUCUUCCUGGUGUGGACACAAAAUCAGGGUUAAGAGACCUGGUUUCUGCUCGCAACUUAGUCACUGUAAGACCCUGGGCAAGUCACUUCUCUCUAAGCUCUCAGUGACCCACCUACAUACUUGGGGGGUGGGGGGGUGGUCUCUUGAGAUCCCAUACAGCUCUGCUGCUUUUCUGUAUUGAGACUGGGGGCUCAGAGGGAACAGAAUUUUCACAAAUAAAUUUUGAGAAGAAAUUUAAGAAACCAGAAAUCUGU